AUGUCCAAUUCCGAAGAAACACUGGUCGAAGCCGUGCGCGACGCUUACAGCGCGAAGGCAAAGGCGAGCGUAGAUAAGUCUUAUGUGCACAAUGUCGCAUCAGCGUUCGGGUACAGCGUUGAAGAGCUGCAGGCCUUACCCGCUGGAGCCAAUUUGGGGCUUAGCUGCGGCAAUCCUAUCGCAUCUGCUUCUUUGAAAGAGGGAGAGACAGUACUCGACCUUGGUUCUGGAGGAGGCAUCGAUAUCUUCCUAGCUGCUUCCAAGAUCGGACCGACAGGUAAAGCGAUCGGAUUGGACAUGUCUGAGGACAUGGUGGCCCUGGCACGUCGAAACGCAUCGAAGCAAGGCCUCAAGCCGCCGCAUGUUGCCUUCGUGCAGGCGCUCCUCACGGAGCCUCUUCCCAUCGCGGCCAACUCCAUUGACUGCAUCAUAUCAAACUGUGUCAUUAACCUGCUGCCAGGUUCCGGCAAGGCGAAGAUCAUGCAAGAGGCAUUCAGAGUGUUGAAACCUGGCGGUCGUAUUGCGUUGUCGGAUAUCCUGGCCAAGAAGCCUCUGCCGGAAAACAUUCGCAACGAUCUCGCCGCUUACAUUGGGUGUAUCUCUGGUGCUAUAGUUCUCGAUGAGUACAGAGGUAUUAUCCUCGAUGCGGGUUUCUCAGACCCCAUGUUCGUUGACAAGAAAGCUGACCUGAACGUCUACUUCGAGCCGGGAAGCACAGCCGGAUUCAGCUGCUGUGCAACACCAUCAUCGUGCUGCGGGCCGCAAGAGCCUAACGCCCCGAAUUUUGACUCGAAUGAAUGGGCGGGAUCCUAUCAAAUUUACGCUGUGAAGCCUCCCGGCGAAGGGCAGACUGAAUCGCCUGAGCCGCUGCUUGACUGGUGGCUCCCGUUCCCGGCGACCAAAUCUGAUGUGCCUUAUAUUACCGCCGAUGAAUUGGCCAGCAUGAUGAAGGGCUCUGAGCGCAAGGACUACGCUGUCAUCGACGUCAGGCAGACGUUCUCUGGUGGGCGUGUUCGCGGUAGCUUACACUGUCCGCCGCAGAAUUUCUUCGACGAGCUCCCGGCCUUCGUGGAGAAAUUUGGCCAGACAAAGCAGGUCAUUUUCUACUGUGGCUUGUCAAGUGGGAAGGCCCCCCGAUGCUCUCGUUGGUACCAAGAUCGGUUGAACGACUCUGGUAUCAAGACUUCAGCAGCGUACAUACUGAAGGGUGGAAUCAAAGGAUGGCUGGCGAAUUACGAUGGUCAAGAGGAGUUGGUUGACCGGGUGUAG